ACAGAGUGGGAGGUGCUGCAUUAGUGCGGUGUAGGCAGGACGCAGUAACCACACCAGCAGCAGCCUGAGCUGAGGGACCUAUUGUUUCUCUCACUUUUUCUCUUUUUUUUUCUCCAUUCACCUUCACAAAGCAGGGCAAGAGACUGAAAGAGAAAGAGAGAGAAAGGAACAGGAGGAGCAAAGACAGCCCAGUGGAUUACCCUUUUCCUGGAGGAAUCGUGUGUGUACACGCAAGAGUGAGGGACAAUAGCAGGCACACGUUACACCCUCUGCUCGUCUGCUUGUCUCUAGUGUUUGUGAGCGUGAGCGCGUGUGCAGUGGACUCUGUCAGCCGUGGAUCUAAGUGGCCGGACUGAAGCCAUGAGGCUGGCACUGCCAGCUACCUGGCUCCUCAGGGUGGCUCUGCUCUCCAUGCCACUAUUGGAUGUGCAGACUCAGACCAUCACCAACCACAAACCCACCUACAUCUGGCAAACAGGGCCCUGGGGCAGGUGUAUGGGCAGCGAGUGUGGUCCAGGUGGGAGUCAGAGCAGAGCGGUGUGGUGUGCCCACUCAGAGGGCUGGACUACUCUUCAUGCCAACUGUCCACAGAGCGAGCGGCCUGAUAACCAACAGACAUGUUUCCGCGUCUGUGACUGGCACAAGGAGCUGUAUGACUGGCAGCUGGGGGCGUGGAACCAGUGUGUGCCUGUAUCCCUGCGCAACCCUGCAGUAACACGGCCAGCGGUGUGCACACGAGGUGAGGAAGGCAUCCAGACCCGUGAGGUGGCCUGUGUCCAGAAAAGCAACAGUGCACCCGCAGAAGAUGCCAUCUGUGAAUACUUUGAGCCCAAGCCGAGGCUGGAGCAGGCCUGUCUCAUCCCAUGCCCACAGGAUUGUGUUGUCUCUGAGUUUUCUCCAUGGAGCUUAUGCUCAAAGACAUGUGGUAUAGGAUUGCAGUACCGAGUCCGGUCUGUCCUUUCUCCACCUCUCUUUGGUGGCUCGGCUUGCCCCAAUCUUACUGAGUUCGAAACCUGUCAUGAAGAAGAAUGUGAGGGUGAGGAGAGUAUGUACAGCAUCAAGGUAGGAUCCUGGGGGGACUGCAGUAUGCCCCCUUCACGCCAGGCCAGGCAAGUGGAAGAAACCCAGCCUGAACCACCUGACCAACCCAAAAGACUAGAAAGACCUGACCGACCCAAACGACCAGAUAGACCUGACAGACCCAAACGUAAGGACCGGCCAAAUCGCCCAGAUCGACCAAAACGUAAGGAUCAACCAAAUCGUCCAGACAAACCGAAUCGCCCAGAUCGACCAAAACGUCCAGACAGACCAAAACGUCCAGACAGACCAAAUCGCAAGGACAAACAAAAUCGUCCUGACAGACCAAAUCAGCAAGAAAGGAAUCAAGCAAGGCAAGAACGACAAGCCAAAAGGCGUAAGAACAAGGAGCUGAAAAGAGCUAAAGAGGAACGGGUAAGGGACAGAGUGCGGGUGAAGGACCCAGAGACUCGAGAACUCAUCAAGAAGAAGAGGACAAGGAACCGGCUAAACCGACAGGGUGGAAAGUUCUGGAAUCUGCAAGUGGGCUACCAAACCAGGGAGGUGACAUGUGUGCACAAGAAUGGGACCACAGCAGUACUGAGUUUGUGCGAUCAGCAAACACUUCCAGUCACAUAUCAGGCUUGUGUCACCACCAAGGACUGCGAGGUUACCGAGUGGUCUGAAUGGUCAUCCUGUUCAAAAGAAUGCUACGAUCUGAACGGUCCUAAGGGUCAGCGCACACGCAAUCGCCAUGUUCAGCAGUUCAAUGUGGGUGGAGGAGCUGAGUGUCCCGGUCUGGAGGAAUCUGAGCCAUGUUCUCCUCAGGGGGAUGGAGUUCCACCAUGUGUGGCAUAUAACUGGAAGACUACAGAAUGGAGCGAAUGUAGGGUUGAUGUGCUCCUCAGCCAACAGGACCGUAGAAGGGGAAAUCAGACAGGUUUAUGUGGAGGAGGGAUCCAGAGCAGGGAAGUGUACUGCGUUCAAGUUCCCUCUGACUCACCAUCCAAUCUCAGCUUCCUCAAGAGCAAAGACGCAUCCCGGCCCGUGAACACUGAUCUGUGUUUGGGAAUCUCACCCAACACCACUCAGGUGUGUCACAUCCCAUGUCCAGUAGAGUGUGAGGUUUCUUCAUGGAGUGCCUGGGGACCCUGUACUUUUGAAAACUGUCAGGACCAGAGCUCCAAGAAAGGUUUCAAACUGAGGAAGAGGAAGGUGUUAAAUGAGCCCACAGGUGGGACGGGAAGCUGCCCUCACCUGACAGAGGCCAUACCCUGUGAGGAGCCCAGCUGUUACGACUGGCUGCUGCUGAAGCUGGAGGAAUGCAUUCCUGACAAUGACAAAGAGUGUGGGCCUGGAACGCAGGAACCUCAAGUGCAGUGUGUGAACAGUGAUGGUGAAUUUGUGGAGAGGCAAAUGUGCCGCGAUGCCAUCCUGCCCAUGCCUGCGCUAUGUGAAGUGCCUUGCUCGAAGGAUUGUGUGCUCAGCCCCUGGACGUCCUGGUCGCUCUGCUCACACACCUGCUCUGGAAAAAACACAGAGGGCAAGCAGACGAGAUCUCGCUCCAUAUUGGCCUACAACGCAGGAGAUGGUGGGGUUCAGUGUCCUAACAGCAGCGCUCUGCAGGAAUUGCGCAGCUGUAACGAGCACCCCUGCACCGUGUACCACUGGCAGACGGGUACCUGGGGCCAGUGCAUAGAGGACACAUCUGUUCCUGCUGCCAAUGGCUCGCUAACCCGCAGUGGAGCUGGAACCACUGGCACUGAGGCUUCCUGCUCUGUGGGCAUGCAGACCCGCAAGGUCAUCUGCGUACGUGUCAACGUGGGCCAAGUUCCUCCCAAGAAGUGUCCCGAGAGUCUGCGUCCAGAGACGGUGAGACCAUGUCUACUGCCAUGCAAAAGAGACUGCAUUGUUACUCCAUACAGUGACUGGAGCCCUUGUCCAUCAACCUGUCAAGGAGGUGGCACUACUAAGAGGAAGCAGUCCAGGAAACGAAUAAUCAUUCAGCUGCCUGCAAAUGGGGGUCAGGACUGCCCAGAAGUGCUUUACCAAGAAAAGGAGUGUGAGGCGCCUUCUGUGUGCCCUGGCUUCAGGUGGAAAACACAUAAAUGGCGGCGGUGUCAGUUGGUGCCAUGGUCCGUUCGACAGGACAGUCCUGGAGCUCAGGAGACAUGUGGACCUGGACUGCAAGCCAGAGCUGUGUCCUGCAAGAAGCAGGACGGUGGACAGGUGGACAUCUCGGCCUGUCUGAAGCUGGCGGGCCCCAUGCCCCCUCUCACCCAGGCUUGCCAGCUCCCAUGUCAAGAUGACUGCCAGCUGACUGCAUGGUCCAAGUUCUCAUCCUGUGCAGCUGAUUGUGUGGGGGUGAGAACUCGUAGGAGGACACUCGUAGGUAAGAGUAAGAAGCGAGACCACUGCAAGAACACUCAGGUGUAUCCUCUAAGCGAGACCCAAUACUGCCCCUGUAAUAAGUACAAUGCCCAGCCUGUGGGCAACUGGUCUGACUGCAUCUUGCCUGAGGGAGGCCGUGUGGAGGGUAUCCUGGGCAUGAAGGUUCAAGGUGAUAUUAAGGAGUGUGGCCAGGGCUAUCGCUACCAGGCCAUGGUGUGCUACGACCAGGAUAAUCGCCUUGUGGAGACAUCUCGGUGCAACAGUCAUGGAUAUAUUGAAGAAGCGUGCAUUAUUCCAUGUCCAUCUGAUUGUAAACUCAGUGAAUGGUCAAACUGGUCACGCUGCAGCAAGUCGUGUGGAAGUGGGGUCAAAGUGCGCUCCAAAUGGCUCAGAGAGAAGCCCUACAAUGGUGGGAGACCAUGCCCCAAACUCGACCAUGUAAAUCAGGCUCAGGUUUAUGAGGUAGUACCAUGCCAGAGUGAUUGUGGUCAGUAUGUUUGGGUAGCUGAACCUUGGAGUGUCUGGAAAGUCAGCAAUGUUGACUUGAAGGAGAACUGUGGGGAGGGCGUGCAGACCAGGAAAGUUAGGUGUAUGCAGAACACAAUCGAUGGGCCUUCAGAUCCGGUGGAGGAUUACCUGUGUGACCCAGAGGAGAUGCCUCUUGGAGCCAGAACCAGCAAGCUGCCUUGCCCAGAGGACUGUGUCCUGUCCGAUUGGAGCACCUGGAGUCGAUGCCCACUGCCAUGCAACGUGAAUAACACCCGAGAAAGGACUGCCAUCCCCAUCCGUCAGCCUGGUGAAUCAAAACAGUGUCCACCUACAACCGAGAAAGAGCCUUGCACUAUCAAUUCCAACUGCUUCCACUACUCCUACAACAUCACAGACUGGAGUACAUGCCAGCUGAGUGAGCGAGCUGUGUGUGGGAGUGGCAUCAAAACACGCAUGCUGGACUGUGUGCGCAGUGAUGGCAAAUCUGUAGACCUUAAAUUCUGUGAAGAGCUUAAUCUUGAAAAGAAGUGGCAAAUGAAUGCUUCUUGUGUGGUUGAGUGUCCCAUCAAUUGCCAGAUGUCUGAUUGGUCUUCCUGGUCUGAGUGCUCUCAUACCUGUGGCCUUGCAGGAAAGUUAUGGAGACAGAGGACUGUGAUCCAGGCAUCUCAGGGUGAUGGCCGUCCUUGUCCCGCUCAGCUGGAGCAGUGGAAGCCGUGUCCUGUUAAGCCCUGCUACAGCUGGAGAUACAGCGCAUGGUCUACAUGUAAAGUUGAGGGUGCUCGGUGUGGAGAGGGCCUUCGCUUCAGAAAUGUGUCCUGCUUCGUGUCUGACAGCUCUGGGAGUAACGGUGGAAGUUUGGUGGACGAGGAACUAUGUGGAGAUCUGCAGCAGACCGUGGAAGGAGACACACUGAUUACUUUGGAGGAGGCUUGCACGUUGCCAUGCCCUGGUGAGUGUUAUUUGACAGACUGGACAGCAUGGAGUUCGUGUCAGCAGAGCUGCAUAGGUGGAGAUGAUCUCGGCCUUGGUUCGGUACAAGUACGAUCUCGAGCUGCGCUCACUGAAGAACCGGAGAACCUCGAACAGUGUCCAGAGCAAGAGUGGGAGAGCCAGCCGUGCACAGAGGGUUGGUGUUAUGAGUAUAAAUGGAUGACUGGUCCAUGGCGAGGCUCUUCUCGACUAGUGUGGUGUCAACGCUCGGAUGGCUUAAAUGUCACAGGUGGAUGCCUGUCGACAAGCGAACCUGUGUCUGACAGGUCAUGUGACCCAGCCUGUGACAAACACCGCUCAUUCUGCACUGAGGCCGGAGUGUGUGGUUGCGAGGAGGGCUACACUGAAGUGAUGACGUCAGAUGGAGUGUUGGACCAGUGCACUUUGAUACCUGUUUUGGAAAUUCCCACAUUCCCAGGCGAUGUAAAGACCAUCAGGGCCAUGAGCCCCACUCAGGCUAGUGCAAACCUGCCUGGACGCUCUGGAAGAACCUGGUACCUGCAGCCAUUCGGACCAGACGGCACACUGAAGACCUGGGUGUAUGGCGUGGCCGCUGGAGCUUUUGUACUGCUGGUCUUCAUCGUCUCCAUGUCUUACUUAGCCUGCAAAAAGCCAAAGAAGCCCCAGAGAAGACAGAUGAACAACAGACUGAAGCCUCUGACACUGGCUUACGAUGGUGACGCUGACAUGUAGCCUUCUGCAAACACCCCCCCCAGCUCCACAGCUGCCUACUUAUGGACUUUACAGAUUAUGCGUCUCCUUUUUUCUAUGAUGUUAUGGAACCUCAGACUGGACCCCUAUUUAUAAUUAGCCCAGGUUUGUUCCCUUUCCUGUUUUUUACGUUUCGAAUUUUCAACUUUCACUGGAGCCUUUCACGAACUCGUAUCUUCUUACGGAAGGUCUGCCUUUGCCUUUCUGCCGUCCUGUAACACGGGCUUGUCUUUGGGGAAAGGAAAGCUGUUGGAGAGGGCGCUUGUGAACUGAGGCAUUUUGUUGAGAAAGCACAAGGAUAACCGUUUCUUCCUCAGGCUGCAUUGUCUGGAUUACUCAUAUAAUUGAUCUCACAGUAUUCUGUCUUUCCAUUUUCAGUAUUGUGGCAUGGGAUUCUAAGUUGGUACUCUGGUUUCAGAGGCCUGCUAGCACCCGCUACACAAACCCUGGCCUGUUUCUCUCCCUCUCCCUAUUCAGGUCCUGUUUUGCACUAUAUUAGUGCAGCAUGAUUACUUAGAACCUUGCCAUAGAAAACUGCCUCUCUCAAUACAAUGUACAGUCUUGUGCUAGAUGUGUAAAAAAUAGCUCUUUUUGCAGAAUGAACUCUGUUUACUUUAACUUUUGUUUGUGAUAAGACUGGAUAGAAAUGUAAAAAAAAAAAACAAACAAAAAAAACAAAAAAAACAAAAAAACAAAACGUGGUUGCCAUUACCCCUUGUACAGCUGAAGUCUGCUAAAUGUUCUUUUUCCUGACUGACUUUGUGCAUCAUGUAAUAAGAUUUUAUUUUUUCACUCUGUGAAAUGUUUAUCAUUUCAUAUCAUUUCAGUUGGGCUGGUCUGAUUUUAAAGGGCUCCAUUAUCCCAAACUGGAGGUUUUGAGAUGUUUUCAAAGAAGGUCAUAUGAGUUUCAUAUUUUAUGUAAAGUGCUCAUUGGAGUUUUACUUAAUCAAACCUCUUCUUCAGUUAGCGUAACCAAUAAAAAUUGAGAUGAGGGAGGACAUGAUUUUAUAAUCUGAGAUAUUAGAUGUCAUAAUAUGAAAACUGAAAACUGCCAAUUCAGUAGAACUCCUACGGGCUAAGCAAUGCAUGAUCUCAUUAUUUAAUGUUUUAUUAAUAAACCAAUUUAAUGUUCAUUUAUAAAUUUACCAUUCUCAGCUUACAGUAAUUUUGCAUAGAUAUUGAUGUUUAUGUCACUUAAUUUGAUCAAUAAUGAUAUGAAAACAUUGCAGACUUCUUUUUUUUUUUUUUUUACUUCCUCCAGAAGCAGCUAGCUAACUAAAAACAAUCUACUUUCUACUGCCCUAACAUCUGCCUACAUUAGAUUUCCAUUUAUCUCCUGUCCCAAACCUAAAAAUAUUUUCAUCCCCUUAGAAAUGGUUUAUCUAUGUAACAUUUAUGAACUUUAUAACAAUCCUCAAAUCCAUAGCCACAGUCCUCAAAUUUAAAACAGUAUUUCCUCAGUGUGUUAAGAUAAAUUGGGGAUAAAUUUAAACCCCCACUUAAAUACACUUAAAUAUAACAAGCUUGAGUUAAAUUUCUGUUAUAUUUAAGUGUAUUUGGCCUGUUUAUGACAAAUUGUUAGUCUUGAUUAGCCAUAUCCUUUAAUAUUGUUUCCAUGGUGUGUAGCUAUUCCCUUACUUUUGAAAGUAUUUGCUGUUUCCAUUUAUAAUCAGUUUGAUGCACCAUUUAACUGUAAAACCGGAUAAGUUCAUUUAACUCAAAAAAUGUGAGGGAACUAAUUACCUCAUAAUUUUUACGUUGAUAAAUCAAUUUCUUUAAGCCAAAUACACUUAAUAUAACAGAAAUUUAACUGAAACUUGUUAUAUUUAAGUGUAUUUUGCUUAAAGAAAUUGAUUUAUCAACGUAAAAAUUUUGGGGUAAUUAGUUUCCUGACAUUUUUUGAGUUAAAUGAACUUAUCCGGUUUUACAGUGUUGUUGACAGUUUAAAAAAAAAACAAAGGCAUCAGCCUUCUGAGUCACUUUGGCACUUCACUUGAGCUAAUGAAGUAUUAAAACAGUCCUGGGGACAAACAGAAAUGGGAGGAUGAAGCUGAGGAGCGUGUGUUAAAAACUAGCAAUGUGGGACUAUAUAAUUCCUCUACAAUGCAUAUGGUUCACCACUUUCACAUUUUCUCAGCAGCAUCAUGAGUGCAAUGUUUAAUUUGUCACCAUAUUUAAAGAAAAACGUCCAUGUUUACAACAUAAUCAAAGUCAGUAUUAAUGUGAUAAGCUCUAGUCAACAUGAAGCAGGUGUGAGAACUGUUGGUCUCUAGUGGCAUAUCAUUCACAUUUUAACAACAGCAGUUGAAAGGAAUGUUUACUUUUUCUUGUAAAUACAUGCGUAAUGAUUUUAUUUAAGUAUUUUCUGAAUUUUCUGUAUAAUAUAUAAAUAUGUUGAUUUUUCUUUUUUUUAAAUGCACAACUUCUGUGUAUGUGUGUGGCAUGUGUGUGUAUGUGAGAGAGAGAGAGAGAGAGAGAGAGAGAGACAGCGAGCGAGCGAGCGAGAGUUAAUAGCUACUGAUCUUCUCUGGGCCGAUGCAGAUUUACUAUGUGAAAACCGUUGCUCAGCUUUGUCCUUUUCCUACAAGUUAUUUAUAUGUAUCUGAUGAAUUGCUGAUAAUAA